AGGGUCCUAUGGUCACGCGCUCAGCUGUAGGUGUGUGGGCGGAUGCGCGGCCGCGGUGCUCGUGCGCGAGCAGUGCGCGCUCUGCUUGGUGUUGGUGAGAAGCAGCGAUGAGCGAAUCCAGCCGGCGGGGCAGUGACCAUAGAAACUACAGCGGCUGCAAGCGGCCUCGGAACGGCGGCAAUAAAGUGACAGUGGCCCUCGGUGCGCAAUGCGGAGAUGAGGGCAAGGGUAAGGUGGUCGACCUCUUGGCCACUGAUGCUGACAUUGUCUGCAGGUGCCAGGGUGGAAACAAUGCUGGCCAUACGGUCGUUGCAGAUGGAAAGGAAUACGACUUUCACCUUUUCCCAAGUGGCAUUAUUAACCCUAAAGCUAUUUCCUUUAUUGGGAAUGGUGUUGUAAUACAUUUACCUGGCUUGUUUGAAGAAGCUGAAAAGAAUGAAAGAAAAGGAUUAAAAGAAUGGGAGAAGAGGUUGAUCAUUUCAGACAGAGCACAUUUGGUGUUUGAUUUUCAUCAAGCUGUUGAUGGUCUCCAAGAAAUUCAGCGACAAGAGCAAGAGGGAAAAAAUAUUGGCACCACAAGAAAGGGGAUAGGACCGACAUACUCCUCCAAAGCAGCACGAACUGGUCUCCGAAUCUGUGACCUUUUGGCUGACUUCAGUGACUUCAGCUCCAGAUUUAAACUUCUGGCUCAACAAUAUCAGUCCAUGUUUCCUAACCUGAAAGUAGACAUUGAAGGACAACUUAAAAAAUUAAAGGAAUAUGCUGAGCGUAUAAGGCCAAUGGUGCGAGAUGGUGUUUACUUUAUGCAUGAGGCUCUUCAUGGUCCAGCAAAAAAAAUCCUUGUGGAAGGUGCUAAUGCAGCAUUGCUCGACAUUGAUUUUGGAACUUAUCCAUUUGUGACAUCCUCAAAUUGCACUGCUGGAGGUGUAUGCACAGGCCUGGGCAUUCCACCAUCGAACAUUGGAGCAGUUUAUGGUGUUGCCAAAGCCUAUACCACCAGAGUGGGUAUUGGGGCAUUCCCAACAGAACUCAAAAACGAAAUUGGUGAGUUGCUACAGUCUCGAGGAAAUGAAGUGGGUGUAACAACAGGCAGGAAAAGACGCUGUGGCUGGUUAGACCUAGUCAUGUUGAAAUAUGCGAAUAUGAUCAACGGAUUUACAGCGUUGGCAUUAAUGAAGCUGGAUAUCCUGGAAGUCCUUGAUGAGAUUAAAAUCGGUUUAGCUUACAAACUGAAUGGAAAGAGAAUUCCAUAUUUUCCAGCAAACCAGGAAAUUCUAAACCAAGUGGAGGUUGAGUAUGAAACACUUCCAGGCUGGAAGAGCAGCAUUAGCAAUGCUCGGACAUGGGACGACCUGCCACCAAAGGCUCAAAACUACAUCAGAUUUAUUGAAAAUCACGUGGCAGUCCCAAUUAAAUGGAUUGGUGUUGGAAAAUCAAGGGAGUCAAUGAUCCAACUUUUCUAAUUACAGAACAGGACAGGAUUGAAUAAUUUCAACACAC